GGCAUUCGGCAAUCUCUCCUCUAAUCUCUGCCAAUACUGACCGUCCUUCUAUACCAAGUCUAUAUUCGUUGAAUACACUACAACUCAUCUUCCUUUUAUAAUAGUAGGAUAGUAGGAAUAGGAAAUAGUAGGAUAAUAGGAUAAUAUUAGGAUAGGAUAGGAUAGGAUCCCUUUUCUAACAGUAUUAUUAUUAUUAUAACAGGAUAAAAAAAUGUAUUAUCAAGUAUGGGUACAGCAUAUUUGAAAUUACUGAUUGGUACCAGAAGUAUGCACAUUCUGCACUUUAUGCUCACAUAUAAUAAACUUUUACUUUUUGUUUGAAGUUGAAACAUUAGUAUGAGCUAAAGUUCAAAAGAAACAAUAUUGAUAAAUGAAAAAAUCUGACAAAUGAACGUCAACGCCGUUUUUUGAUCAUCAAAUAAUUUAAAUUCUCAUGAUCAUGUGGAAAAUUAUGUUAAAUCAUCGCAAAGCAACUUACCAGUCGACCUGGUUGUAUUUUAGUCAUAAGAAAAAUAUUUUUUAUAUGGGAAAACAUUUGAUUGAGUGCAUUAGUAAUCAUACAAAAUCACAGAUUGAUAAGAUAAAGGUUAUGUGUCUAUUGAAUCAUAUACCAAUAAAAAUUCAAAACGAUGGAUAAAUAAAUUACUAAAAGAGUAACUGUUUUAGAAUAGGCAGAUAUAAUCUCUUAAAUGUAGAUCUAUAUUAUAUUUCAAUAUAAUAGGUAUAAGUUAGAAUGAGUCAUGCUCAACAGCAUGUACUUGCAAGUGCAAUUGUCCUUGCUCUUCUAGUUGUUCUGGGUAUUCAUGUUUUUCUUUUUCCUAUGUAUACAUCGAGCCCUGCAACAAGACGAAUAAAAAUAUCUUCGUAUGAACAGGCUUUAUGUCAUGAUAUUUAUUCAAGAGGUUUUAAAGUUUACCAUCACAAACAUAAAAUAAUAUCAUGUCCUAAAUAUGGUAUAGUUUCAGUUGUACAAGGUGGUAGAUUAGGCAAUCAAAUUUGGGAAUAUGCAUCAGUUUGGGCAACUGCUAGAAGAACUGGACUUGAACCAUUUAUGCCUAGAUGUAUAUUGAAAACCUUAGAAGAAUAUUUUGAAAAUUUAAGCAUACCACCUUUAAGUAGCAUUGGUCAAUGCAUUAUUGAUAUAGGACAAAUUGUUGAUUCAUUAUCAAAAUGGAAUAGUACUGAACAAAGUAUUAUUAUUCCAAAACAUGCAGCAUACUGGUCUCUUAUUUUGGUAUGGUUGGAUGAUGUGCGUCGAGAAUUCACAUUCAAAAAAAGUUUGCGAAAUCAUGCUGAUACAGUUUUAAAGAAAACAUCUGCGCAAUAUAAUUUAUCAGAACCAACAUAUGUGAGCAUACAUGUGCGAAGAACAGAUUACAUUGAUUAUCUUUGGCAGAAAUUGAAAAUUCGCCCAGCCCCAGUUGAUUAUUACUUGAAUGCAAUGAAUUACUUUGAUCAAAAGUACAAAAAUGUCAUUUUUUUUGUUGCAAGUGACAAUAUAGCAUGGUGUAAACAUCAUUUACGCUACAAUAAAUGGAAAGUAAAUUUUAUUUCUAAUAACGAUGCAAAAGGACCUGGAAAAGAUUUAGCAAUAAUAUCUGCUUGUAAUCACAGUAUUAUAGACUAUGGUACGUAUGGUUCUUUUGGUGCAGUUUUGUCUGCAGGAGAAACAGUAGUGUAUAAUGUAUCAGCAUAUUUUUCAACAAUGAUUGCUGAGGCAUUGCCAAAUUGGAAAGUUAUGAAUUAAGUACAUGUGCUUUUUUUUAAAUAUUAAUUGAAUGUUUGAACAGUAUCUUCAACAUUAAAAAGUAUGCUGCUAUAGGUGAUCCAAAAAGAACAAACUUUUAAUCUUGUGUAUAUACUUUAUACAAAUUGAAAUACUGUAUUGACGUAAGUUACAGACUGAUCAUAUGUAAUUGAUAUUUUAAAAAAAAUUUAAAUGGCUAAGUUUGUGUUUAUUAGUAGAUUUUAUAGAAAUAAAAAGCAAGUAUAUAAUUUUCUUAUCCUCGUAAGAUUUUAGUUUUUACAAUUACAAAAAUUAUUUUAUAAAUAAUCAUUAGUAUCUUGUAAAACGUAAGAGUAUGAUUACAUGAAUGCGUUUGUAUGUAAGAGCUACUAUACCAACUAAAUUAGCAGAAUGCUUCUUCAAAUAUUAUCUUCAAAACGAAUCAGGAAAUAUCGAUUCUACACAAAUAAAAUUAGGUGGCUUUAUGAA